CAAAUCGGUUUAAGAAGCACAGAGUUCCCAAAACAUGCGAUAAUAGACCCACCGGGAAGCCAAACAACAAAUCCCCUGCAGCCCGAAGCUUUUAUCGUCUCCCAGCGUUUUUGUGGGAAUCACAGAUCCUCUUGACACCUCCAGCCCUCAGCGCUUAUCUUCUCCUGGGGAGGUAGUCACAUCAACCCGUGUUUGUGCUAUUCAUUUCCUGAACCCGGUCUUCGUUGAAAAACACAAAGUGCCCAAGCACGCCCUCGACUUGAACUAAAUAGAGAAGGCGUGUACGGUCGAUAAUGGACGUACUUCUGCUAUUGAGGUUUUUCUCCUUUUGAUUCCAACCCAUCGUUGUGACUUCAUCCCGCCUUAGUGAGAAGCCUGGUGUUGAUCUUGUGAUGACAAAAAAAGGGCCCACAGACAUGCUCUAUUGUUAAACAGAACCACAUGAGGAGAUAUUUGGUUGUCAUGGUCACACACACACUCACCCGAUUUGCCACUAGGCCGAGGGGAGAGUGCAUGAUAUAAAGGUUGGGUUAAAACGGGGGUUUGUGUGGUGGAAAAGUCCAAUUGAUCAAAUGUUUUAAUGUUCAAAAUAUCACUUGUAUUAUAGCGGUGGUUGAUUUGUAAUAUCUUCAAGAAUAGUUCAUGUCUAAAUUGUGUUUUUGAGAUGCAUAAAAUUCACUGUUUUGUAAAGUAUUUUACUUUUUGAAGUAUUUAUAUAUUUAUUUUUUUCACGCUUUACAUUUUCAAAGUGAGCACAGAUCAACUGAGACUCUGCCGAGUGACGGUCAAACAUGCAAGUAAAGCAACAAUAAGAAAAACAUCAUCAAAAUCGGGGGGCUGCGGGGGGCUUUAAAUGACACCGAAUUGUGAGCCUUUGUCAUCACCCCUGAGGGUAAACCUGUCAUCGUGUAGACGUUGCAGUAUAAUUCCACUGCCUGAUGUGAGGAUGGAUCAGGAGGAGGGUCGAUACGGGAGAGGAGGUCGGGAAUGUGUGUGUGGGGGGGGGGGCAGCAGAGACGAUCUCCUAGCAGAUCACCCAAACUUGCAUUGGAUCUGCGUUGCGACUCAUUUGACGGUUUGCUCCUCCGCUUGCUUUCUGCGCGGCGUCCUGCCGGCGUGAGUGAUCUCAUGGAAUGCACACGGGAUCCUUCUUCAAGAAAACACUCAGCCAAGACUCUGCUCUCGACUGCUCUCCCGCCCAGACAGGAGCCUCUACGUGGGUCCGUUCCAAUGAAAUUCUACGGAUACCUCUUUGAGACGUAGAUCGCGGGGUUUUGGGAUGUGAUGCAAGGUUUCUUCGCUGACUGGAUCGAUGCCGUACUGAAGGCGAGGGGAAAAUGCGGAUGCCACCGUUCAUUUGGAUUCUGCACUUCAUGCAUCUCACAGGAGGUCAAGAUGGCACGAGACGAAGUUCCUCCGUGGGGAGACACUGUCCGGCAGGCUGCGCCACAUGCUCCGUCCCGAAUGGCUGCCUGUCCUGCAAACCUCGCCUCUUCUUCCACCUGGAGCUGGACGGCAUGCGUCAGAGGGGCACCUGCGUGUCCUCGUGCCCCCGGGGUCACUAUGGCAUGCGCUCGCCACACAUCAGCACCUGCGCAAGGUGCAAGGACGACUGCUCCUCCUGUUUCAGUGAAAAUUUCUGCACGCUCUGUCACCCGGGUCACUUCCUGUUCCGGGGCAAAUGCGAGAGCCGCUGUCCAGAUGGGCUGACGGCCGACACAGUGCUGAGAGAAUGCACAGAGUGCUCUGUGGGCUGUGAGAUGUGUGUGAGGAGCGUGUGUGUGAGGUGUCACACACACGCAGACGUCUACCUGCUCGACGGUCAGUGCCAUCUCACCUGCCCGGGGGGAUUUGAGCCGGACUUGCAGCUCAUGCAAUGCAUCCCCCAAGUGUUGGGCGGGUCGCCAGAGAAGUAGGAUGUCUUGCGUACUGCGACCGGAUGCAGUAGGACAUCCUGGUGUUUCUGCCUUACUGAAACCUAUGGUAGUAUGGGUAGUGGAACGCACAGCUGGUUUUUUUUCUCUCAUUACCUGCGAGUACUUUCUCAUCAUCAUCAUCAUCCUCGUCAUCUCUCUCUCCUCAUAGUGCACUGUGAGGUUGGAGGAUGGACAGUUGGGGGUCUGUGUGUUUGCAAAAGGAGCACGCGGACUCACAGAAAGAGGCAGGAGACACAUAGCCGACAAGUUCUGCGGCCUUCCGAGUGUCAGGUGGUGUGCCAUCACAAAGAGAAUAGAGUAGGUUUUAAUAAGUUAGAGAGCGUAUUAUAGACCAUUGGUUUACAUUGCAGAGAUAUUCAACUGUUUAUAUUUUAAACUGUUGUAAAUUAAAAACUAAUGUCAAUCUAAAAGAGUUGUCUAUGCAAUCAAGAGGAAGUUAUUAAAAGUAAUGGAUGGAUCCAAUGUAUUUAUAUGCAGUAAUUGUGUGCAGUAAUUGUGUACCCAUUAAUUCAACACCUGUUUGACCGCCUGUAUGAUAAAUACAAAUGUUGACACAAUGUACAUUUUUACAAAUGUAUACAUAUUUUUGUAAAAAUAAUAAAUCUAAAUAUCAUGUAUGAAUAAUU